CCUCUUUACUGAAUCUCUGUCGUGAUUGGCUCUUACUAUUGCCGCACUAGCCAAUGGGAGAAGUGAAGUCCCCUGAUAUAUAAACGGCGAGGAACUCGUACAGGGGGCGUGAAUAUUUCGUAAGUAACAUUAAACCUUGUAUUGUACGUGAUCGACGAGCAUAAUGAGUGGAAGACGCAAUACCGGUGAAAAGGCGAGAGCUAAGGCCAAGACUCGUUCAUCUAGGGCUGGACUCCAGUUCCCCGUAGGCCGCGUACACAGGUUGCUCCGGAAGGGCAACUACUAUGGUGAGCGUGUUGGAGCCGGUGCUCCUGUCUACCUGGCCGCCGUGCUGGAGUACCUGACCGCUGAGAUCCUGGAGUUGACCGGCAACGCUGCCCGCGACAACAAGAAGACUCGCAUCAUCCCGCGCCAUCUGCAGCUGGCUGUCCGCAACGACGAGGAAUUGAACAAACUGCUCGGCGGAGUGACCAUCGCCCAGGGAGGCGUGCUGCCCAACAUCCAGUCUGUGCUGCUGCCCAAGAAGACCGAGAAGUCCAAAUAAACCCCGGGUUUACUCGACUGCAAACGGCUCUUUUGAGAGCCACCCAAAACUUAAUUGAGAGCGUAUCCAUUCUGUGUGUACCCUACUCACAGGAGCUGCAAUAGUUUUUGCUAGAACUACUGUAAUCAAUGGGUCUUACACAUGACCGUACACCGCAGUUUAUACAUGGAGCUCUAAACCACAAGAUCACACAACCAACAACGUUGUUCUACAUCUCUGAAAAAAAAUCGCCUGCCAUCGUUUGGUUUUCAGUCAUGGGUUUUGAAAUUAAUGUAUAAUUCACAUGACUGCCUAUUUUGACGUUGUUAGUGAAAAUUUGCGCCUCCCAGUGGUAGAAGUCCGACUUGGGGGCACAUCAAAAGGUCAUAGGUCAAC